GCUAGACAGUGCGCUCUGAGCAAAGACAUGCGAUUUAUCGCGAAAACACUGAACGCCCCGAGAAUCACGGAUUCCUGUGAAACAUAGCAGACUCUUGGUGCUUCGGGCCUUCGUCGAAAUGGAGGCGGUUAAGGCGUUUAACGCGGAGCUUUCAGCUCUGUAUGACGUCAAACCGCCGAUUUCUAAGGCCAAGAUGAACUCUUUAACUAGGGGUGCUAUAAAGGCAAUCAAAUUUUAUAAGCAUGUUGUGCAAAGUGUUGAGAAAUUUAUUCAGAAGUGUAAGCCAGAGUACAAAGUGCCUGGACUAUACGUUAUAGAUUCGAUUGUACGUCAGUCAAGGCACCAAUUUGGAGUAGAGAAAGAUGUUUUUGCUCCGCGCUUUGCUAAGAACAUGCAAACCACCUUCUUGAAUCUUCUGAAAUGUCCUCAGGAAGACAAGAGCAAGGUGAUAAGAGUUUUGAAUCUUUGGCAGAAGAAUGCAGUCUUUCCUUCCGAGGUUAUACAGCCUCUUUUUGAUCUUGCGGAUCCGAAUCAUCCAAUACACAAGGAACAAGCAGUUAAUGCAAAUGGCACAUUGAACGCUUCUUCGACAAAUAAUACAAGCAAUACUGGUACUGCUGCGAAAACGCCUCCCUUGGCUGCAAAGAAUGCAGUAAAGGAUCAGAAGUUAUUUUCCUCUGCGAAGCCAAUAGAUCCUGUUUGGCUUGCACAAACGAAAAUGGAAACAGCAAAUAUAGUUAAUGCCAAUAAGCUCCUGGGUCAAACGAAUUCAGGGCAAAUGGAUGCUUCGUUUCUCGAUCAAUUGCAACAUUUACAACAAUUAUUACUAAAAAAACAGGAAGCAACAAAUGAACAAAAAAGUUCCGUGAAAUUCGACAAGAAGCUCUUAGAUUUUGAUUAUGGCGAGGAAGAGGACGAUGACGUUGUUGUUGCGAAUUCACCAGCAACAACGGCAGCAUCAAAUGCUGGUCCGCACAAUGUUUCUACAGGGAAUAGUUUGGAGAGUCUUGGCCUCCUCCUUACAAAUCCAGAGGUUUUGAGGCAGCUACAAACGUUACAACAAACAAUGCAAGGGAAUGCUUCUUCAUCGCAACAUGAAAUGGAGGAAAAGAUGAGAAAGUUACAGCAAAUGAAGCAACAAGAGGAGGAGUUUGAUAAACAUUUAGCUCAGACUGUUCCUAAUUUACCAUUUGCGUCAGAAUGUGAAUUAAAACCGUCGGAUAUUUUGAAACCAAAUCAACAGAAUACAUAUGCAGCGAAUGUAGGUGGCGGAGUUAUACAAGAUUUGAGCCAACCACCACCUGGUUAUCCACCGGCACUUCCUUAUGUCUCUCAACCUUUGUCGAAUAUGAGACAGAUCAAUCAACAGACACAUCAAAAUCAAAAGAGCCCGCUUCUCGAUGAACGACAAGACACACAAGAUUAUUCUGGAAAUGGUGCAAGAAGAGAUAGUAGCAGCGUAGAAAUUGUAAAUUGCGAUAGUACAAGAUCACAGAGUAGGUCACCGGAUCGAUACAGGCACCACAGUCGAUCUAGAUCACCACGGCACAGGGACAGAGACAGAGACAGGGAUAGGGAUAGAGACCGAGAUCGAGACAGAGAUAGAAAAUCUCGAUCGAGAAGCAGAUCUAGAAGAAGAAGGUCUCGUUCGAGGGACAGAGGACGCGAUAGGAAACGCGAUGAUAGUCGCGAAAAAAUGACCGAAGAAGAACGGGAAAAGGAAAGAGAAAGACGUAAACGAGGGUUGCCACCGAUUGUGAGAGAUAAAUUAAGCGUUUGCAGUACUACUCUAUGGGUAGGACAUUUAUCGAAAUUGGUGCACCAAGAAGAACUUUCAGACACUUUCGGAGAAUUCGGCGAUAUCGUCAGUAUAGAUUUAAUUUCACCUAGGGGUUGUGCUUUUAUAUGCAUGAACAGGAGACAGGAUGCGUACAGAGCUCUCACUAAGCUGAAGAACCAUAAAAUGCAAGGGAAAGCGAUCACUUUAGCUUGGGCACCGGGAAAAGGUGUGAAGGGGAAAGAAUGGAAAGACUAUUGGGAAGUUGAAUUGGGAGUGAGUUAUAUUCCCUGGAAUAAGAUGAUUAACGUUACUGACCAGGACCUAGAAUUACUGGAAGAAGGCGGGAUGAUCGAUGAGGAUACUCUGCCGCCCAGUUUGAAAGGUAAACUAAAGCAUUCCGGAACAAAUGCAGACGUGCUUCAGCAGCAAUUGCAGUUACAGCAACAAGCUUUGGUUGCAGCGGCCUCGAUGCCAAGUCUAGCAGACGGCAUUGUGAACGUGAUGCAGCCAACGACUAGUGCUCAGCAGCAACAAUCCCAGCAGCAGACUCAGCAGCAGGGCCAGCAGCAGCAGCAAGUAAUUGAUACGAGUCAACCGCCGCCGAUUAGACCGCCCACGUCAGCUGCACUUCUGCCACCGCCGAAUACCCAGUUACAGAUGAUGCCGCCCGCUUUUACAAUGCCAGGAGUUCCUCGUAUGCUUGGACCAAUGGGAUUACCGAUGGCACACAGUUUAAUGCCGAAUGUACCAAUAGGCGUGCCGCCCCCAAAUAUGCAAAGUCUGUUAGGCCCUCCCGGAAUGAUGCAAACUAUGCUAACGUCGUCGGUGAAUUCUCCGUUUGGAGCUGGCGUGGGUGUUAGUUUAUUAACGCAGAUCCCUCUGCCAGCGCCUGCUGCACCCUCGGAUAAACCUAAUUCCACUGGUAUGCCUCAUAAUGUUCCUCCGAUCGGAGUCCCACCGCCGACAACGGAAACGGGAAUGCCAAAUUUGCCAAUGUUACGCCAACCUUACGGCGUGGGACCUUCUGCUCCCUUACAAAUGCAACUACCUCAACAGCAUUCUGCAGACGACAUGGACGUAGAAAUGGAAGAUGCAAUGCCGCAAAGCUCGAACGGGACGAAGAAUAAGGGCAACUUAUCCGAUCAACAGCUUUCGCAAAACGAGGAAAGAACAGACUGCGAUCAACAAUCGGAGCAACCUCAUCGGGAUUACAAGGACAGGGACAGGGAACGCGAGAACAGAGAGCGACGAGAUCGAGAAACGCAUUUGUCUCAUAGAGAUAGAUAACGAGGACGUGAUCGAAGAAGGGACAUCAGAGACAGAGAAAGGGACGACAGAAGGGAAAGGGAGAACAGAGAGAAUCGCGAAGGAAAUCCACAGAAUCAAAGUCUCCAGGAAAACGAUUCCACUCCGAAGAAAGACGGCAAUAAACCGAGCUUAGCCGAUCGUCUGCGUCAAUUAGCUGAUGGCACGCUUCCUUUAGAAGAUCGAGGCGAUCGAAUACCACCGCCUCGUAAUCGGCCAGAUCGGGACAGAUCCGACAGAAAUUUCGAUGAUUCUCGAACAGGAGGACGCGCCGAGCCUAUCUCGUCCCUGAUGGACCUACCUAAAUUCGGAUUGCCCCAGGAAAGAGCUGACUUCCCAGCUCGACCACCGGAUUUCCGAAAUCCUCAAGAUCCUAGGGAUUUCCAACAGCCGCGGGAGAGGCAGAAUUUCGGAAGGGGUCCCAGAGGAUCACAGAUACAUGAAGAAUUUAUGGAUGCCCCGAGGAUACAGGGGGCCAUGUUCCAAGAGGAAUUCGAUAAUAGGAUACAUGGGCAACAGAGAAUAGAAGAAUUCGGAAGACUUGGACCUCCUAGGGAACAACGAGAGGAAUUUGACAGGCCCGAAGGACGAGGGAGAAGACCGAUCGACGAUCGCGAACGAUUCGACUUUGAAAUCAGACGAGAUGGUUUCGAUCCACGGCAUCAGGACGGUUUUGAUCCAAGGGGACACCACGAUCGCGGUGAUUUCGAACCGAGGAGGCGAGAAUUCUUUGGAAUUGAACCUAUGUUUGGAAUGCCGCCUAUUAUGGGACCCAGAGGGCCUAGACCGGGGCACCCUGACGGGUUUGGACCUCGUCCAGCUCCUUUAGGAGCCCGUGGCCCUGGUCCAUUGAUGUUCCAUCCACGUGGCCUUGGACCUCGUCCUCUUCGCCCUGCUAUGAGGCCAUUUGGUCCUCGCGGUCCACCGUUUGAUCCUCGUGAGCCGGACGCAUUUUUCCGACCUCCGUUCGAUGACAUUCGUCCUCAUGGGAGACCGCCUUUCGGCCCUAUGGGUCCGCCAUCUAUUAUUCCUCCAGACACGGCUGCUCCGUGGAGAAACCAAGAACAUCCACCUGGCGGCUCUUGGUCCGCUGACUCUGAGAACCAUCCGCAAAGAGACAAUCCCAGAGAGAAGAAAGGUGCAGGUGGUGGUAGUAGUGUUACUGUUAAACAUCCGAACAACCAGAACAUGGAGCGGGAGAGUCGAAACAAGGGACGUAAAUCCAGGUGGACAAACGUGAGUCCAUCCGGUGAGGAAACGGAGGACGCGAAGGAACAGGAGCCGGAUUCCGGUACAGCUGACGAGAAAGAACAGAUUGCAACGGAAGAGGUGAUUGUUGUGCAAGCGGAAGAACAAAAAACUGAAGUACAGGAAGUGGUCCCCAGUGAAAAGAUGGAAGUUUCGGAAGAAGCAACAGUCGUGGCGAACCAAGAAGAUGAAGGCGUUGAAACGAAGAAGGAGGAAGAGGACCGCAGGGAUUCUUAGACCAAAGUAAAGAGCGAUUUUUCUCUUUAAGAUUUUUUUCUUACUCUGUGGAGUGGUGUGAGGGAGGACUUCGUUGCUUUGAGCCGUGAGUUGGGUCGAUAACGGAACAGCUUGCUUUGGAAAAUGAAACGCUGAACGGUAGUCUGAUUAUUGUGUUCAAACGACGGUAUUAUUUUCAAAUUAAUUAUACGCC